AAUGUGGUUAAAUUUUGGGUGACUACCAUAAUAAGAACACAAUAUCUGACCACGCUCUCUAACGCCUUAGAAAUAGAGGCAUGUUCAGAUAUUUGUGAGCAUCUUGGCCGCUCCGAUAUAUCUGCCGGCGACUGUACUUGUAAAAUCAUCUGCAAAAGUAACUAAGUGAGUUGUUCAGGAUGAUCGAACACAAUUGUAUUGUUAAGAGAUGAGAGAAAGAGACACCCUUAUUCAUAAAACUUUACAAGCCUCAUUUACUUAUUUUAUGUUUUAUCCCUUUCUUACAAAAACAUAUGUGACAGUUAAGACGAACGAUUAAUAGCUAUUUUAAGCUUGUAAAGCGUUUACUAAUAACGCCAUAAAGGUGUGUGCAGAUAAUUUUGAACAACACACCCUCUAAACAACUUCUGGUAAUUACAGAUACUCUGUAUUUAUUAAACUAUUUAAUCUAGAAAUUAAAUUCAUUUCCUAUGGUUCUUAUUAUUAAUACUCAAAAAAACUUGCAUGUAUACCAGAAAAAAAAAUCAUAAACAUUUUGAUCUUAUUUGAAUGAAUGUAAUUAAACCUUGAAUCAAACAUAUCUGUAUAAAGUUGAUGUCAAAAUGACAACCCCAAUCAAAAUAAUUUUAGCACAAAAUGUCCGCGUAGUAUCAUAAACGAAAUUGUUAUCACCAUGGAGAGAUCGGGUUUGUCUCCCCACAAAUCGUAUCUUUGGAGCUGCCUAACUCUGCAAGAAGACUGCCCGUUUCUCUCAUCUACCUGUCCCACACUGUUUUUUUUCGGAGUCGGUUUAUUCUUAUUGUAUGCCGUGUACUUGUUGAUUAUUAUAUUCGACUAUAAGUUCCACUCGCAUGUAGAUGAAAUGCAGCAACAAAUUGAUUAUUACAUGAGUUUGAUAACGAAGAAAGUGAAGCUAGUGCAGAGAGACGAGGGUCGGUUGAUGAACAUGCAAGAGAGGACAGAGAAGCAGCUGAUGAAGAGUCGGCAGGGUGUGAGGAUGCUGGAGGCGCUCCGGGACGCGGUCGCUCGAGAUGACAUGCGUCAAGUCCAGGAACUCGUCCGAUACGCUGAAAAAAAAGCCAACGACGAACAGCUACGCAACAGCUUCCCAAGAAUUCCGAAAGAAAAAUCAUAGAACUAUUUAUAAGCACUAUCAUGAAUGUUUAGCAAGUGUUAGAGAACAAAAUCGAUCAUAAAACAACCCUAGCCAGCGGAGGAACCCCUCGGGCAUAUCCGCUUGCAACUGGCAGACACUUCGACGGAAAGAUAUACAGACUGCGGAGCUCCGUCAGGUAAUACAUGUAUAAUACAUAACCUAAUGGAAAUAAGUUUGAAACUAUUUUUGCGGUCAGUUUAAUAAAAGUUGUAAAAUAACAA